CCGCUCAGCCCUGAGCCCCGCCGGGGCCGCUGUCGCAGGGACAGUGGUGUCCGGGCCUCCGUGCAGCGGGAGAUCAGGCGGCCGGAACGCAGCCCCGGCCCGGGAGGCGUUGUCCCAUCCCGGGAGGUGCAGCCCCAGCCCGGUGUUUGUGCCCCGGGCUCCUGGGCCGCGUCAAAGCGAGCCUGGCGGGCUCGUUUUGUUUCCCCGGCAGCUGGAUUUCCUUCAGCUCUUGCCAAUGAAGUGGUGUGGUGUGAGGAGAGAGACCUGCAAUGGACUGGAAGGAUAGCGGGCAGGGAAGACUGGAUCAAGGAUUGACUCCUUUCUUUUUUUCUUUUCUCUAAUGAUUGCAGCAAGUGCUCACAGCACGGCCCUUUGUCACUUGCCGAGAAAACUCCAAAAGCAAAGCACUUCUUCUACUGCCAACGUCCUCAGUUAUCCUCGGUGAAACCCACCAGUGCAGCCUGACAGACCUUUCCUAAUGCAAUGGGAACGAUGCCGUGAGGCCUGGUAAGACUUGGCCACAGCCAUGACAGAGCCCCACCGGGUUUCGUUCACCACUCUGCACGGGCCCCUGAGCAGCAGCUUCCUGAAGAGGUCUCGGAAGGACGAGGGAGAGCAGCCCCCGGAGGCCGAGCCCGCGGCCGCGGCCGUGCGCAUCACCCUCACCCUCUUCGAGCCCGACCACAAACGCUGCCCGGAGUUCUUCUACCCAGAUCUCCUCAAGAGCUGUCGAGGGAAAGUAAAAGGGAGUUCUUCAGGUGACAAGAAGAAAGACCCAGCUGAUCCCUUCAAUGAUGAGGAAAAGGAAAGGCAUAAAGUGGAGGCUCUUGCUAGGAAGUUUGAAGAAAAAUAUGGUGGCAAGAGGCGCAGGAAGGACCGGAUUCAGGAUUUGAUUGAUAUGGGGUAUGGCUAUGAUGAGUCCGACUCCUUCAUCGACAACUCGGAAGCUUACGAUGAGCUGGUUCCUGCCUCUCUCACUACCAAGUAUGGAGGGUUUUACAUCAACUCAGGAACGCUGCAGUUCCGGCAGGCCUCUGAGUCUGAGGAUGACUAUGUCAAAGAGAAGAAGAAGAAGUGUCCCAAGAAGCGGAAGUUGAAAGAUGGGGGUGAAAAAAUAAAGAAGAAGAAGAAAGACGAUUCUUAUGACAAGGAAAAGAAAUCUAAGAAGUCCAAGUUUCCAAAAGCUGGCUUCACAGCAUUGAAUGCAAGUAAAGAGAAGAAGAAGAAGAAAUACUCUGGAGCUCUCAGCGUCAAGGAGAUGCUGAAGAAGUUUCAGAAGGAGAAGGAUGCUCAGAAGAAAAAGGAUGAAGAGCAGAAAGUGGUGGCUCCUUCCCCAGCAGACCCUGCAGCCCCAAGGGAGGCAGAGGCCAUGGCUGACCCUCUGCUCUCGCUCUUUGGCCACGCCAGUGACAGUGAGCUGCUGCAGGCAGCCACAGCCAUGGACUCGCUGAGCGAGCUGGACCUGGAGCGGCUGCUGAGCGAGUCCCCGGAGGGCAGUCCCUGCCCCGAGGGGGAGGAUGGCAGUGACCCUGGCACAGGCCUGGAGCAGGAGUUCAAGCAGCCACCAUCCCUCCCUGAGGGGCUGCCAGCCCCCCUGGAGAAGCGGAUCAAGGAGCUGGCUCAGGCUGCCAGAGCUGCUGAGGGAGAAGGCAGACAGAGAUUCUUCACUCAGGACAUCAACAACAUCAUACUGGACAUCGAGCUGCAGACGCGGGAGCUGAGCAGCCAGGUGCGCUCGGGGGUCUACGCUCACCUGGCCGCCUUCUUCCCCUGCAGCAAGGACACCCUGCUGAAGAGAGCCCGCAGGCUCUACCUCUACGAGCAGGGUGGCCGCCUGAAGGAGCCUCUGCAGAAGCUGAAGGAAGCCAUUGGAAGGGCCAUGCCAGAGCAGGUGGCCAAGUACCAGGAGGAAUGCCAAGCCCAUACUCAGGCCAAGUUUGCCAAGAUGCUGGAAGAGGAAAAGGACAAAGAACAGCGAGUUUGUUCUGAUGAUGAUGAGGAUGAAGAAAAGGGAGGGAAGCGCGUCGCGGGCCCGCGGAAAAAGUUCCAGUGGAAUGAUGAAAUCAGGGAGCUGCUUUGCCACUUGGUGAAGAUUAAGUUGGAUGGUUAUGACCUUGACAAGAAUAAGGCUCAGUCUCUAGAGGAUUAUGUGAAGACCUUCCUAGAAGGAGAGGUGAAGCACCUUUGGCCAAAAGGCUGGAUGCAGGCCAGGACACUGUUUAAGGAGAGCAGGCGUGUACACGGACACCUCACAUCAGUCCUGGCGAAGAAGAAAGUUAUAGCUCCUACUAAGGUGAAAGUAAAGGACUCUUCCUGCAAGCCAGACAAGAAGCUGUCGGUGUCUGUCCCUUCCCUGCACUCGAGCAGCAGCUUGGCAAUGUCUUCAGAGUCCCAGGGAGGAGCCCUGGGCAUCAGCGCCCAGACCAGGGAGCUCCUGUCCCUCGGGACAGCCCAAGCUGCCAGCAGCACUGCCACUCCUGCCACCUUCAAGGAUGACUCCUUGGAUGAGGACUUGAUUCACAACCCCACCUCCUCCCUGGAAGCAGUGUCCAAGGAACUGGCCGUGCUGAACAGCAGGGCAGCAGCGAGCCCUGACUUCACUCUUCCUGCAGCUCCAAAAGCUCCACCAGAGAAGAUCCCAGCACUUACAUCCUCAGAGGAGAAGAGGACAUUUCCAAAGCCCAACCCUUCCCCUACAUCUUCCUCUGGUUCCCUCCAGUCUCCUCUAAACUUCCUAGCUGAGCAGGCCCUGGCACUGGGCCAGUCUUCUCAAGACAAGAAGACAGAGAACUCGAAUUACAAAGAGCAUUCCUGCCAAGCCUCCCCCAGCAAAAUCCUUCCUGAUGCCCACCAGGCUAAACAGAAGCACCACAGCCUGGUCAGGCCAGGCCACGGGUCCCCGGGCUCGGCGCCGGUGCCGGGCUCUCAGGUGAAGGUGUUCCACCCCGGUGCUCAGCUCCAGAAACCCUUCACCUCCCCAGCUCCCUUUGUCAAACUGCAGAACCCCAAAUCCUCCACCCCUCUGCCCCAGCGCUCCCUCCUCCAGCAGGUCAAGUCAUCAACCAAAGCUCAGAGCUUCCAUUCCUCCACGUCCCCAAGCAGCACCCAAAACUCCAGCGGCUCCCACAAGAGCCAGGGCUUGUCCUCAUCAUCUCUCAGCUACGCCGGCAAGCACUCGAGCGCCUCUGGCUCUUCAGGACAAUCUUACAAAUCGCCUUUCGUCGCUGGCUCCCUCUCCAAGCACGGGGCUUCUUCCAGCAGCUCCUCCUCUGGAGCUUCUGCCAACCAGGGCAGCUCCUCUGGGACUUUGCUGCCCAGUGUUCCAGCCCCUUCCCCGGGCUCGGCCUCCGGCCGCCCGGCCUCCGGCUCCUCGGUGAAGAAAACUCCCGUUUCCCAGAAGCUCACCCUGGUGGCACCUCCUGGGGGCUCCAAUGGGGAUUCCAGUGGGGGCACCCAGGGGGUGGCCAAGCUGCUGACCUCGUCCCUAAAGCCAGCUGUGGUCAGCAGCACCGCAGCCUCUACCUCUGUGCCGAAAGGAACUAGUGGAGCUGUGCUGCUAACGAGUUCUUCCUCCUUAAGUGUGCUGGCUCCAUCCUACAAGUCCAACAACCCAAAGCUGCCAGCUGCCCUGAGCUCCACCCCAUUAGGUAUUAUCUCUCCUAUUCAUUCUUUCCCUCUCCAUGUCAUCUCCUUCAGUUCAGACUCCUCCCCAAAAGCAGGAGUCUCCAAGGAUGCAAUAGUUACGGGACCUGCUCCGGGAACUUUCCACCACGGCCUCGGGCACAGUCUUCUGGCUGGUUUGCACUCCAGCCCCCACCAUGCAGCGCCACUCCCACACUCUGCCCUGUCCACUCAUUUACCACAGAGUUUGCCAGAUGCUUCUCAGCUCCACGGCAAAGGGUCCAAUGCACAGCAGCGCAAGUUGUGACGCCUGCGAGGAGGGGAGCCCCAGCACCCAUAGGAUAAAACCCAGAGGAGCAGGUCAUGGACUUUGGAUACCAGCUGUGUCUUUUGAUUUCUUGAUUUCUUUUUUUU